GAGCUGUGGGGGCCAUGUGGGCUGCUGAGAUCCCCCUGCUGCUGCAGUGCCUUGAAGGGAAAGAUGAGAGUGUUCCGGACUCUGCAGAAUGGGAGAACCGUCUGCUGAAGUUCCUGAGGGCAUCGUUGGAGACCAUGGAGGAUGAGGCCUGGACCGAGGCCCUGAGCUGUGAGCUGAGCCGAUGGCUGAGCAGCUCUCCCAGCAGCUCUGGAGAAAAGGUGGGUUCCCCCUGGCUCUACCCAGCGGGGCAGCUGCAGGUACCCAACUGGGGCUGUGGCUGGUGCUCUGCCCACGUGGGCUGCUCACACUGCUUCCCCAGCCCGUGCCCCCCAGAGAGCCUUUCCAUGCAGUCUCCCCAGGGGCUGGCUAAAGCUUAGCCCUGCAGCUGCUCUCAGUGACUCCCAGGGAGUGUGGGUCCUUCCCACCUGGCCCUCUCCCAGUAGGUCAGGCUGCUGCCACAUCUCAGCUUCUUCCCUCCCAUCCCUUCUCUUCCCUUCCCAUGCAGUCUUUCCUGUACAAGGCUCUGGGGACAGUGCUGGGAGCUUGUAAGGAAGUCCUCCAUGUCCAAGAGAAGCUGCUGCAACACCUGGAGGAAGCAAACGCAGAGGA